GCUGCCGAUGAGAAAAAGAAAAUCCUCUUUUUUUUUUUAUCUGAUCGCGACGGAGCGGAACAGUUGAGCUGAUCGAUCGCCGGCGAUCAAAGUAUAUUAUCUCCGGAGCCAGUGACCGGUGGCGGCCAUUUUUCCUCUCUUUUUUUUUUGGUACAAUUUUGAUUUUUUUUCUUCUUAAUUUACUCUCGGCGUCAUCACACGUCGCCGUCCCUUUCGGUUUCGUCUACUCGUAUCUCCCCAUAAAAAUUCGAUCUUUCGGUUCUCGGCGAACCACCCCGCCCCGGACGGAGACGACGCCGACGCCUUCGUAUAAAGCGGAUCGCUGCUCCGUGUCGUCUCCUGCCGUGUGAUCGAUCGAUGGCGGGGCUGCAGCGGUCGAGAGAGACGUUCCGGCGGUCGGGGUCGUCGGGGCUGGUGUGGGACGACAGGCACCUGUCCGGGGAGAUCAAGCCGGCGGGCGGCGACGGCACGGCGGCGGCGGCGGCGAGGGUGGAGCGGAGCAGGUCGAGCGGGCACGGCGGCGGGUACAGGGCUGCCGGGCGCGUCCAGCCGGCGCUCGACCCGCCGUCGCCGCGCGUCGCCGUGUGCGGCUUCUGCAGGUUCUUCGGCGGCAAGGGCGGGAGCGCCGGCGCCGCCGGCAAGGCGAAGGCCAGGCGCCACUGAUCGCCGUCGAUCGAGUCAUCCAGAGCUAGCGAGUAGUGACUACUCAUCGUCUCAUCAUCUGUACAUACAUGCAACCUCCAUCGGAUUGGAUUCAUACUCUCUUUUUUAUAUAUAUAGUUUCUUGCUUUCUUGCAAACUGUUUCAUGUGAUCAUGUCAUAGGUGCUUAGCACAAGAAAAGUAUGAGGUGUAAGCAAUCAUGUCUCCGUGGAUUAUCCUGUGCAAAUCUUGAUAAUAUUGUUUAUAGUAGUUAAUCUAUUCGGGCAAGGUCCGGUCUGAUUUUAUUCUUCACAGUGCAAACAAACUGCUAAAAAAAUAAUUUGUUAUUUGGGAAAAAUAAC